ACUCAAGUAUCUUUAAAGGAACUAUUCUUGAUUCUUUCGAGAAAAACGGAUAUAUAUUUAUCCCUCUAUCUCCAGAUCCACCUCAAAGUUAUUUUGAAAAAGCAAAAAAAUUUGCUUCUGACAAUCCAAAGACCACAUUUGGUGCAUUAACUGCGGGUGGUCUUUUACUAGGUCCACUUGCGGCUGCUGGUUUAGUAGGUGCGGCUGGAUUCGGUUCAGGUGGUAUAGCAGCUGGAUCAGCUGCAGCAUGGAUGAUGUCAUUGCAAGGUGGUGCUACUGCUGCGGGUAGUCUCGUAGCUAUUCUGCAAUCAGUUGGCGCGGCUGGAUUAGGCGUGACAGGAACUCUCUUAUCGAGUACUGCGGGUGCCGCAAUUUUGAAUGGUUUGUCUGCAUAUAUCACGAACAAUCCAGAAAAGCUAGAAAUAUUAGAAAAUUUUGUUAAGAUAUAUGACGAAGGUGGAGAAAAUGACAACCUUAUCGUGGUUUUCGAAAUACGCAACGAACUUCUUACAAAUGAUGAAGCACUUGACGAGUUUUUCAAAAUAUUUGAUUUAACUUUGCCGUUAAUUAAGACAAAACGGUUCAAAUUUCUUAUACAUGAAGAAUGCGCUACUGAGGGUCUCAAUAUUUUGAAUAAUCGGUUUGUAACAACUUAUGGAGAAAAAUGUGUUGAACCAAAGCAACAAAUUAUUAUGCUGAAUUUGGGUUAA